AUGGAUAGAAAAUCUGCUAGAAUAAAAGCAGAGUUAGAAAGAUAUGGUUGGAAAGUUUCAAAGAAUUUUAAAUAUAGGAAGGGAAGACCCAUAAAAGUCUAUGACAAAUUGUCUGGUCUUCGCUAUGAAAUGGACUUGGAAACAGCACGCGCAAAUUAUCCAAACAGACUAGAGAGGUUAGAAGAAGAACGUCUUAUGGACAUGCCUUUCGAUGUUAGUGAACCUCAAGUUGAAGGACACGACGGCUUUGCCAGAUUCUACUGGAAACAUGACGAACAAUUGCAUCCUUUGAGAAGGAAAAAAGGAAAAGGUGAAGACGCACAUGCUCCCAUGGAAAGAACAAGAUAUGCAUAUGAAAAGUAUCGUGAAGUUAGAAGUCAAAUUACAUCUGGUCGAACCUUUACAGUAAACUUUGACGAAGGAAAGAACAAAGAAGGCUUCAUGGGAGUACUUGCUGCCAUACAAGACGGAAAUAAGAAAGGAUACAAUCUCAGACUAACCGUAACAGAUUUGGAUGGUCACAUUUACUAUGCACAUGGCAAUGUCACAACAGCUGCA